AUGAAGGUGAAUAUUGCAAUUCAUGUUAAUGAAGGUCAGGUGUUUUUCGUUCCAUCUGAAUAUCUUCAUUAUAUUGAACAUUUAAAGAAAGUAUCAACUACUGCAGUAAUUAUUGGUUUCUCUCAUGAAUUAUCCGAAGCUUUUGAUUUUCCAGGUGCAUUUAGUGCUUUACCUGCCGGUGCAUGGAAAGAUGUUAUCAAACAAGGUGAAGAAACAGUAAUUGGCCAAAUGAAAAAUAUAACAAGUAUUGGUCAUGAUAACAUGUAUCUUUACCCGAAUAAAUAUAAGCUCGAUUUGGAAAAGGUACCACCUACAUUAAUUCUUCCUGAAGGAUCAGUUAAAAUAGCAUCAAAAACAAGUUGGUCAAUUCUCGAAAAUAUGUCAAUAUCUUUUCUCUGUAUUUCAAGAACCAGUAUGCGUGAGCCACAUUGGCAUCCUGAAACAGCUGAAAUGGGUUAUGUUAUAGAUGGUUAUGCACGUUUAACUAUUUUGGCACCUAAUAGUAGUUAUCGAUUAAAUACAUUUGAAUUAAAAAAUGAUGAUGUUUAUUUUGUACCUCGUGCUUAUCCACAUUAA